GCAACAGAACUGCUGUUCUCUUGGAGGUGAUAGGUUUUGGAUGACUUGAUCAGUGUUGGUACAAAGGCAGCACAGUGGUGUCCCCUGAGAAAAGGAUUAUAAAUAUUAACCUAAGAUAGACAUGACGUAAGUUCCUUUCCUUCAUCUUAGGUCCCUAUAGACAAUGCAUUUCAUAAGUUUAAAGCUGAGGAGCAGAGGAAGCAAUGAUGUUCAUUUGCAACAAGUGAAGCUGAAGCUAUUUGUAAGUGCUUCAGUAAGCUGAACUGACUGAGCUUUCAUGAGUGUCCAGACAGAGCUGUCUCAUUCCUGUGGAGUCUGCCUGGGAUGGUGCAGAGCUGAUCGGGGAGAUUACAGGCACUGCGGACCAGGGGGAUCACCACAAGGUGCAGUCACAGGUACUAAACCAAAGAUGUCCUGGACAAGAAAGAUUCUGCUGAUCCUGGGAUUUCUCUCUACUUUGGCUGCAAUUGCUUUAAUUGCUGUAGCAGUGACCCAAAACAAGCCACUUCCGAAGAAUAUUAAGUAUGGGAUUGUGCUGGAUGCGGGUUCAUCUCACACUAACCUGUAUGUGUAUGACUGGCCAGCAGAGAAGGAGAAUGACACUGGAGUGGUCCAGCAGGUGGAGGUGUGUAAAGUCGAAGGCCCUGGGAUCUCAGGUUACUCCCAUGCCACAGAGAAGGCAGGCCCCUCUCUGAUGCAGUGCUUACGGAGAGCUGAGGAGGUGAUUCCCUCAAACCAGCACCCAGAGACACCUGUCUACCUCGGCGCAACCGCUGGCAUGCGGCUUCUCAGCUUGGAGAAUAGAAGUGCAGCUGACAAAGUCUUAUCCUCAGUAGAGAAGACACUACGUUCAGCUCCCUUCAACUUCCAGGGUGCCAGAAUCAUCAGUGGUCAGGAAGAAGGAGCCUAUGGAUGGAUCACUAUUAACUACCUGCUGGGCAGUUUCAAGCAGUCUGGAUGGACAAAACUUCUACAUGCCCUGAAAUCUGUAAGUGACACAUCGGGAGCACUGGACCUUGGAGGAGCUUCAACUCAGAUUACCUUUGUACCAGAUAAAAUUCCUUACGAGUCCCCAGAGAGCUGGCUGCGUUUCCGUCUCUAUGGCAAGGACUACAAAGUGUACACACACAGCUUCCUUUGCUAUGGGAAAGACCAGGCUCUGCAGCAGAAACUGGCUGGGGACCUUCAGACCACUGAGAAUGGCAGCCUCCUCGAUCCAUGCUUUCACCAGGGGUAUCAGAGGACUAUAAAUAUAAGUGACCUCUUCAGAAACCCUUGUACGUCAGCUGAGAAAAAGCAACUUCCUUUCAGCCAGCUGUACAUACAGGGAGAGGGAGAUUAUCAAAAGUGUCGAAGAAACAUCCAGAAUCUCUUUAACAAAACCGGCUGUCCUUACUCCAGUUGCUCCUUCAAUGGUAUAUACCUACCUCCAUUACAGGGGGAUUUUGGGGCUUUUUCUGCUUUCUACUUUGUGAUGAACUUUUUGAACCUGACAAGUGAAAAAAGCCCUGUUGCUCUGGACAAAGUGGCCAGUGCUGUUCAGAGCUUCUGUGCCCGGCCUUGGCAGGAGGUGAAGACAGCGUAUCAUCAAAUAAAAGAAAAGUAUCUGAGUGAAUACUGCUUCUCUGGGACCUACAUUCUUUCCCUCCUGCAAAAUGGCUAUGAAUUCACUGAAGAGAACUGGCAAAGAAUCCACUUCCUCGGGAAGAUUGGCAGCAGCGAUGCGGGCUGGACCCUGGGCUACAUGCUGAACCUGACCAACAUGAUCCCUGCAGAGGAGCCUGCCGGGCCCCCUCUUUCCCACAGCAGCUACGUGGGGCUGAUGGUGCUCUGUUCUGUAGUGCUGGUGUCCGUGCUUCUACUUGCCUGGCUGCUCUUCCACAAGCCCAAGUGCCUGCAGAAGGGGAUUGUGUAGGAAAUGCCAUGAGGGGGAGAGGGGCCAUGCCAAUCCAGCCAGGCAGGGCUAGGAGCUCCCCUGCAGAGUUGGCUUUGGACUGCAGAGCCCCUCUUGCCUCUCACUGAAGCUACUGACUGUGUACAAGGGCAUUGAUUUCUUCUGACUCUCACUUGCACUGACAGAUGUUGGGACACCAGGCUCACCACCAUGCUCUACCGAGGACAGACAAGAUGGUGUCCCCUUCUUGAAUGGGUCGUACUUUCAUUCACUGAAACUUUGCUGCUUGUUGUUUUUUGCCUUGCUCACAGCAGUAUAAAGAUAAGAGCGGCAGCAAUCUUUGGGAGCCGGUGCUCCUGCAAGUGUAAUCUCAGGGUCACACAUGCCGCUGAGCUCCUGGAAGUGAUCGCACGUCGGGUGAUCCUGCUCCUCCUCCACUGAAGCAGUUCCCUAGAGCCCUUCUAGGACAGAAACAGUGCCAGUGUACCUCCAGCUUGCCUCCCCGUGCCCUUAGCCCUUGCAGCUCCACCAGCUGGGUACAGGCACCGGCCCCCAGCUGACCCCCUGGAGGGUAGCUACACUCCCCAGUGCUGCUCUGGCACAAGAAGGUUGGAGAAAUCGAGUGUGCUGGUGGUCACCAGUCCUCAGCUGGGCUUGGGCAGGUGUCUGCUCCUUUCACAGGUGGCAAGAAGCCUCUUUCCCACGUCUUCCUGAUGCUGUUGCUGGACCAAAGCAGGCUCGCUGUUAUACUGAGCCGUUUCCAUGCCCCUAGGACAAUUGUAUACAUUAAGACAUGAGUUCAUAGUCAGGCAUUUCUGAUUUUUGUGGGAGCAGCUCAUACUGGCCAAGGUUCUUGACCAGUAGCUAGCACAUGUGCCUGCAGGGACUCUGGUCCCAUCAACAUGCCUAUAGGUACAUACCCCUGAAAGCAAUCCUGUCUUAGUGUCAUACAUCAGCCUCUGAUCUAGGAAAUCUGUUUAUUAGGUCAUGUUCCUUUUAAAAAAACAGCUGUCAGCAGUUAACCAGCACAAGUGCUCACAGAUCAAUUCACUCUGCAUCAGCAAAAUGAGUGAAAAUUUCCUUUUCUUUCCUCUUAGCUUAGACUUAACAUCUCAAGACCGUAAGACCUAGGGGCAAUAAGUCCAUGUACUGCAGCCCAUCUUCUAGCACUCAGGUAGGGGGAUGCCACUGAUCAGGUUUAUGCACUACUUCCAUUUUUCCAUUCUCUGGUCCAACACAAAAAAGGUAAGUUGGAAAUCUAUUUUUAUGAUGCUCAGAAGCCACUGGUGCCUGUUUACUUCCCAAGAAAUCUCCUCUCCUCCUAAUAACCUGUAUGUGCUAGAGGCCCAAAGAAAGCAGGUGUGAUGGGAAAAAGGAAUGGCAAACAAACACCUUCACCUGUUUCUCCAAGCAAAUCUGCAGAAGGCUCGGGGGAGAACAUGCCAUCAAGAUAAACCUUUCUCCUUUCGGUAAGCACAAUCAGAGCUCAGGGCUUUCAUGUUCACCCAGGUCGUUCCUCUGUGCAGUGCAGGCCAGAGCGUGUCCCUCAGCCACUUCUGCUUCACGCCUAGAAGCAGGAGCUUUAACUUGUUGAAGGACUUGAAAGCAAGAGAAAAAUCUACCCUAUCUUAUGGUAAGAUGUAUGGGCAGUUCACUGUUCUUCCAGAAACCUGUCUUAUUUCUGCUCUGAGUUAGUUGGCUUCAGCUAUUUUUGGAUCUUGUCCUGCCCGUUUCAAAAAGACUAAGCAACUCUUUGCUAUGAAAAUCCCUUUUUUUUUCUUGUUGAUGCUUGCAAGUCAUCAUCGUAUCAUAUUAAAUAGAUUGACCUUCAGUCUAUAAAGUGCUUUGUCCUGACCUCACUUGUAGCUCUUGAUUCAACUUUUUUUGAAAUUUUUGAUAUCUUUUUGAAGCUUGGAUACCAAAGUUUGUGGCAGUAGACUCUAUAAUAGUGUAUAUAAAGGUAAUGAUAUAUGUCCUCUGUCCCCUCGUCACAUAGCUCAGAGUCAUAUCUGCUAUCUUAAGAGAAUGUUUCAUUUGGGGCUAUUUUGUUCAGUUCAACUAUUGCAACUGAGCCUUUUUCCCCUGCCAUAGCAUUCCAGAACAGUCACUAUCUUGCAGUAUGCAUUAUUGUCUUUUAACCUGACAUGUUUUGCCUUCCACGUUGCUGUCUUGAAAUGCAUGCUAUUCAAAGAAUAUCGCCCUGAGCAAGUGAUCCAGAUCAACCCACAAAUGGUCUUUCCCCAUACUGUUUAUCCAUUUACCAGUUUUUGUUUUAUCUGCAAAUUGCAAAUACAUUGAGACCUUGGGAUUCAUCUGGAACUGGAGUCUUCCUUCUGUUGUUUUGAGGAAAGAUGAGAUGAGAGAUUAAUGGUAUUUUUUGGCUAUUGCUCAAAGGGAUGUAUAAAGCAAGUGUGAUCAGAGCCGCUUCAGCUCCCCAGCAAGCCUUUCUGAGAUGCUGAGCUCCAGCCCUCCUUGCAACCCAUUCUCUGUCCUGUGCCGCCUUCCUUAUUUAAGGAGCCUCCAUAAGCAGAGCGUGUACCCUGGAAAAGUUCCCCUUCCAGUGAACGGGUCCUUCUCAUCACCUUAACAAUAUGAGAAAACUGCGGAGUGGUAAUUCCUCUGCUGAGACCUCAUCUGGGAGCAGGCAGCUGCCAGUGCUAGCUAGUUUUGUCUGUGAUGCUGGAACUGGCAGGUCCAUCAGGAAAUUUCUGAAAUUGAUGCAGAAACUCCACGUGGAAACUGGUGUGGAGAGAAAGCCUGUGCCUGUCUGCUCUCUUCAUCCCAGAAAGGGUUUAUGCCAAAGGAAAAAAAGGUCAAAUACAGAAUCUGAAAGAACAGCUUUACCAGUAUUUUGUAUUUUUACUACAAGAACCAUAGUAUUAAAUUGGUAACCCUAGAUUCUGGAGUCAGGUGAUCAGGUGAUUUUUUCCCUCCCACUUUCCCUCUCUGUCCUGUUCCCAAACAAACAAACAAACAAAAAACCCAAACCUGCACCUUGUAAAUGUGACUUAAGUGCAGCCCAAUGGCCCCAAACUGCAAUAAAUGCAAAGAAUAUAAAUUACUAUUUUUUUGAAAACUUCAUUGUUUCAGGCAAAAGUUGAGACAAUCUUUCAUAAGAAGAUACCAGAGCUGUUUUUUAAAACUCAUUUGAAAUGAUUAAGGCUCCAGGACUGGGUGACUGAAGGCAUCCUGCCAUAGUGAGAUCCUUUUGUAUCACUGGCUGUACUUGAGCCUUCCCAGUAAAGGGGAUGAUUUUUUUUUUCCCCCCCCCUGCAACCUUCUCUGUGAUUGUAGGACUUGCAGUAUCUGGGCCAAAAAGUCCAAGUGUCCAGUUUAGUAAAGUCACUUCUCUGCUUCUGUGCUGCAUUUGACUCAGAUGUUGACUUGACUCAAAGCUAUCCAGACCCUAAAAGAUAGGGAGUUGAUUUUCCCAGGUAUGUCAGAAAAGAGUAAGACAGCAUCGAUUCUCUUGUUAAUGCAGUUGAUCUGCCUCACUGGUAACUAUUUGUGCCUUAUUUCUCAUUUAAUAGCUUCUGGCUUUAAUUUCCAGUCACUGGCUCUGGUUCAGUUUUGCUCUUGUAGGUUAAGAAGUCCUUUAACACCAUGUGUUCUCAUCUUGCAAAUAUUAAUACGUCAGCUGAGUCCUCUAGGGUGUCCAGAAUCUAGACCACUUGGACUUCCCUGGUCUCUCCCAUCUGUGCGUCUCACAGCAGGAGGCCCUGCGAGAGCCUGCAGAGACUUGAGAUGAGUUUCCUGGUGGGGAUGAGGCCCUGAUGUCUCUGGCUUCUGGCUCGGAUGACUUUUGGGGAAGGUUCCUGAGGUGGGGCUUGACAGCUUUGCAGGAGCAGCCUGAGGUUGGGCCUGGUGACUUGCAUAUGCUCACUCCCUUCUCCCUUUCACUCAGGGGUGAGAGCUGAGAUUUUGGGGGAGAAGAAGAGAAAGCCUGAGUGCCUCCAGCUGUCCCACACCUUUUGUAGAUAGCAGCCCAUGCCCACAAGAAGAUCUAUGAACCCUUCUCCCCACUCAGCCAGCCUUUCUGCUUUUUCUGGCCCCAUUGCAGAGCACAGUAAAACCACCUGGAUCACUGCAGUCCGCUCUUGGGAGCAGAGUGUGUGGAAGUGGGACCAUUACCACUGCGGUGAGAUGCUUUUUGGGUAGCAGGUGCUGGCUGGGGCUCCCCAGCCUUUCACUGGACCUAUGCCCCUUCUCGUCUGCUCCGGCCCUUUGUGUAGGGGGACACAUCAGCUCUGCAGGCUGCUCACCGUGUACCAGGGCUGAAGAGCUUGUUCUGGGACGCUGGGGCUGCUGGCGGUGCCAGCGCUACAGGCCAAAGGGAAGCACACUGAGGACAGCCGUCCAAGCCUCCUGUCACUUGGGCCGUGUGCUUUCUCUUGGCAGCUCAGCCCUGAUGAAACAGAUCUUUCUUUGUUUUGAUGCGCACAUAAAUUUCUGUAUCCUUAUCACAAUAAAGACUUCUGAACUGAU